GUGUUACCCCCUACUUCACGUUCUGGAAAGAUGGCCUGAAGGAGGUUAAACUGUAAAUGUUGAUGCCCACUUGAUAAAUUACAACAUGAUUGAAAUGGAGGCAUAUUGGGAGUAAUGUACGAUGCGUUGAAAUGUAUACGAAUACAUAUACUAGGCUGCAACCGAUGGAACGGAGUAUUUGCAUGGAAAUAGUACCAAACACUUUGAACGCGUCGCGCAGCCAUGUCUCCCCUUUCCUCGUUGGAAUCUCUUGUCCUCUCUCUUGUCUCUCCUACGAGAAAUGACGAACACCUCAAGGACGAGCUCGUUUUGCAUUGUCAGGAUAUACUGAACAGCCAUAUAGGCCAGAACCAUGACCCAGAUCUAGUGCAUCUUGCAGACUCGGUUAAACGACAGUUACUUCAUUCGUCUCCGUCAGGCAGCGCAUACCUCAAAUUUACCAAUCUCUUAUCCCGACUACUAGACCAGCCCGUGCUAUCAAGAAAACACGCGUCCAUUCUCUUCCUGUACUCUCUCGCAUCAUCAUCAGCAUCGCAGGCUUCAGCGCCUUCCCUACUUCCAUCACUAGUACCGCCGCCGCCCUCGCAACCAACCACCUCAUCAACCACAGUAGAUCCACCGGUCGAUGCCCGAUGUGCCAAGAGUAGAACAAAAGCCGAUAUAUUGAGAGAGUACCGAACAAAGACAGGCCGUGCUAUUAUUCCUGAACACUUGCUACUCCGCGAUACCCUCUAUCUAUUGCAGGGCAUCUCGGGCAAAUAUGUCCGGUUUUCAUUGCAGGAUGACUUUGAGAAUAAACUCGUGUUUGUGGAGGACUCGAAAUACAUGAUAUCUGAACCGGUCAAGACGCUCAUUCAUAGACUGUCAGAGGUUGGGUAUCUCUACACGCGCGUGGAGACCUUUAUUCGAGAACGGGAGGGCGCCCCAGCUGUUGGGAUGAUUGAGCAGAGUCUGUGUCAUCACUUGCAAGUCCAGCUUACUGAGUACUAUCGUCUCAUCGCUGUCUUGGAGUCACAGAUGCCUGCCCCACCGAAGCACCCGACGGAUGAAUCGGAGGAGAACCUCAGCAUCCGGCAGGAAGAGACAGGCCUGACGUUGAGGCGUUUGGAUGUAUGGAUAAAUGAUUGGCGACUUAGGAUGAGGAUGAUGAGCGUAUGCGUCGAAGGGGCGCGAGAUGCACACGGAGGCGCAUUAGUGAAUCUUAUCCAUAGCUACACUAAUAAUGGUGACCCCUUCGUGCGAAAAUUUACUGAUCAACUUCUUGAAGAGGUGUCCAAACCUUUUUUUGCUACUCUUCAUAAAUGGCUCUUCUCUGGAGAGUUAUAUGAUCCUUUCAACGAGUUCUUCGUUGCUAUGGAUCCGUCUCUAAAACACGUUCAGUACACGCAUCCCUCCUCUCUGUCAGGGGGAUUUGGACAACCUACAGGUGAUGGAGGUCUUGGGAGUCUGCUCAUGGACAAUGAGGAUGCCAGCGACAAGAUGGAAAACGGGCUUCAACUAUGGCAAUCGAAAUAUCAAUUUCAAGAGGACAUGUUGCCCAUGUUUGUAGGCGAGGCUUUUGGAAGAAAGAUUUUGUCGACUGGUAAAAGUCUGAACUUUAUUCGAUAUAGUUGUCAUGAUAGCGACUGGGUUGCUACCCGAGAGAAAAUGAGUGACAGUGGUGGGACUCUGAAGUACAGCGAUAUAAAUGGAUUAGAACGUUCAAUAGAUACCGCUUACCAAGUCGCGAGUGGUCGUCUAUUCGAGGUCUUCAUCGACAAGUUCAAGCUUCUCGACCACCUCAAAGCGCUCCAAAACUAUCUCCUCCUCGGUCAUGGUGACUUUGCUGACCAACUCAUGGAGGCUCUUGGCCCCAGCUUAACCCGCCAAGCCAACACCCUUUUCCGGCACAAUCUAACCGCCACCCUCGAAACCGCCAUCCGGUCGUCCAACGCUCAAAAUGACCCCGCCCACGUCCUACGCCGGCUCGAUUCUCGCAUGCUCGAGUAUACCCACGGUGAGAUCGGCUGGGACGUCUUUACGCUUGAAUACAAAGUCGAUGCGCCCAUCGACACGGUGAUCGACCCCGAUUCGAUGAUCAAGUAUUUGAAGCUAUUCAGCCAUCUGUGGCAGAUGAAGAGGAUCGAGGGCGCAAUGGGUCAGGGAUGGAUGAGGGUGGCGGGAGACACACGGUCGUUUUUACGGGUUCCUGAUUUGGAGUUCCAAUGGCACCAGAUCCGUAUCGUCAACGCCGAGAUGAUACAUUUCAUACGGCAAAUGCAAGCAUAUUGCCAUUUGGAGGUGAUUGAGUGUUCUUGGAAGAUGCUGGUCGAGUUUUUGAACAAGAAGGAGGGUGACUUGGACACGAUGAUUAACGCGCACCGGGCAUAUUUGGAUCGGAUGGUGAAGAAAGUGCUGCUGCUGAGUCCCAAGGCGGGAAGAGAGGAGAAUCUACUUAUACAAGUUCGAGAAUUAUUUUCGAUAAUAUUACAGUUCAGGGAAGCUUCGGACAACUUUUACAAUUACUGCUUAUCAGAGUCUGUUUGGCGGGACAAGGAGCUGGAUAAUGAACGCGGCGUAUACACCGGACGAGGGACAACAAGCGGCGAACUUCCAACACAGCUCAAUCCAGUGAAAGAAUAUGGCGCCCAGUUUUCUGAAAAGGCCCAAGCACUUGUGCAUCAACUACAGGUGCACCCAGACUUGGAUUGCCGCUUCCUUGCUGUCAGACUCUCCUUCUCAGAAUAUUACCGCACCAAAAAAGAUCUUGGAACCCACAAACCCUAGACAUUGUUGGGAAUAGAUAUAUGUCUGAGCAUGACCAAUUAAUUUGUGUGCAGGGGUAUUUUACUGUUGAGCAGUGGACCGGGGAACCUGGGAGGACACAGCAGCAAGACUUUGCAGCGACACGAGAGCAGCAAGGAUUGGCCUGGAGCAAGAAGGUAAAUGUAUCUACUGCG